AUGGGAAAACAUUUCGGAGAGUUGGCAGUUAUCAGAGGCAUUGUUUAUUACAAAUUAUCACCCCACGAACAAAAACCUUAUGCAGGGGCCAUUACAUUAGGGAUACCCAACUUGGUACCAAGGACAAUGGCCACCAUAUGGACCUACCUACCAGUUUUCAUCCUAGGCUAUGCUACCUACGUGGGAGUUGAGGAGGCAUAUCACCUCUCAAAGAGAAAAGAUCCAAGAGAUUAUAUGAAUGAAGUUGAUCCUAAUCCUGAUCCAUGUAAAGAAAAGAGAGAACAAAGAGAAAAAGAAAAACGAGAAAAAGAAAAAAAUCAUUUGACCGAUAGCGAAUUGGACCAUACGCAAAACCUAUUGAAUGAGUAUUUAACGGGAAAAUUUGAAUAUUUUUAA